UGCAAAUUCUCAGAGAAAAUGUAGAAGAAAAUGUAAACAAGUCUUCAGAUUGCAGCGAAUUUGAGCUCUUUACUAACAAAAAGACUUUGGUUGGGCGCGGCAGGAACAUAAAAAUAUAUUGCGGAAAUGGCUGCGACAAGGGAGAGGCGUAACAAUGCCGGCACACGAAUGUCCAAACUUCUUGAUGAGGAGGAGGAGGACGAAUUUUACAAAACCACGUACGGAGGUUUCGAAGAAGCCGAAAACGACCAGGAAUACAAAUCUGAGGAUUCGGGGGACGACGAUGUAGACUCCGACUUUAGCAUUGAUGAAAACGACGACGUUAUUUCAGACCACGAAGACGACAAACCGAAACGUGCCAAGAGAUUAGUAACAAAAGCAUACAGGGAGCCGAAAAAAGUAACCAAGAAGGAGGUUGAUGUGACCGACAAGCCUUUCCCAUUCAACAUUCCCGAGGAUCAAGCCGGCCCAUCAAACGUGACUCCGGUUAAAAAGCCUGUUGUUAAGAAAUCCUCAUUUACGCCCUCGAGAUCAGAGAGAAAGUCUUGCCGAAGAUCAACUGCAGCAAAGUCUGCAGAGCUACGAAAACGGGUGAAGCAAAGAGAUGAGGAAUAUCAGCGAAGGAGAAAACGGAUGAAGUUGAAGGAAAAGCCAGACAAGCCCAUGACGCAAGAGGAGCUUUUGGAAGAGGCAAAAAUUACUGAGAGGGAAAAUCUGGAAUCUCUCGAGCAAUUUCAAUUGAUGGAGUUGGAAAAGAAAAAAAUCAGGCCUGUGAAGAAGAUUUACAAGGGACCCAUGAUCAGGUACCACUCUUUUGCCGCUCCCCUGAUUGAAGAACUGCCCAGCAGUGAAAACCAAACCAUCGACGUUGACGACUCUUUGAUCACAGUCGAGGAGAUCAAGGAACAAGAAAUUGUUUCCAAUGACAAGAAGUGUGAGCGCACCUUUAUCACGUUCCCGGACGAAAAAUCGCUCAAGAAGUAUUUCCCGCAAGAAAAGCCAGCGCUGAAACCGGUCAAGCUUUGUCCUUUCUCGAGACAACCUGCCCGUUACUUUGACCCGGUGGUCAAACUACCCUUCUCGAACGUGGUCAGCUUCAGAAUUUUGCGCAGCACUUACGAAAGUAAACUGGAGACGAUCGGGGACAAGUCGGACCCAGAGGUUGCCAAGUGGCUGGCGUGGCGCAAAAAGCAGCAGGAGUUGCGAACCCUCGUGACGCGGAAACUGCAGCAAAUGGUCACCAACAUCAAGCCGAGUGGCGACCCAGGCCCGAGCACCUCGGCCAGCACUCCGACAUUCAUCCGUACCGCGGGCCAGACAAUUUUGACAGGCGCCCCCACCAGACCUGCAAUUUUUAUUCAGAAACAGCAGUGAUUGUUUAUUUUUAAACUUGAGAUUGUGUCUUAAUUAUUAACUUGAUUGUUUUCAACUGCAAGAAAUUUGAAUUGUUUCCGAAAUCAAGAAAAUGUGUUUUUAUAGGAGGUUUCUGGAGAAACUUUUUUUAAUUAAAUAUAAUUAUUUAAGCAGAAAA